UCACACGGACCAGAAUAAUGUGGCUGUCUCAGGUGGAAUCCGGUCUGCCUCAUCCUUUUGGAUCUGUGUAGGCUGGUCAGAACCAGUCAGAGACAGGACUGAAUCUGCAAACAACUGCACAGGUGACAGGAAUCUGCUCAACUCUCUAUCAAAGCCUGUACGCUGCGUGAAUUACUGAAGGUCAGGGCAGUACUUCGCCACAGGAAUAAAUAAACUAGAAACGAAGCAAGAGUUUGUGUGUGUGCACAUGUGAGAAAGGAAGAGAUUGAAUCACUGAGGAGGAGGGACACGGGUGGAUUUAAACACAUCCUGGGUUUGGCGUUCUCUUUAAGGGUUUUUGUUUAAUGUGCAACAUGAUUCUCUUGUGUUUGCAAAGGCUCUGUUUUUGUAACAACAUACAAAAUGACUGAGUCUCCAGCAGGUUCAGGGCAGGAGUGAGGGGCGGCCAACCCAGCCAAGUUGUGUCAAACACAAACAGCCGGAAUCAGCAAGGAUUUCACCAAGGGCUUUGUUAGUGCUGGCCUUCAGAGAGUGCAGAGCACCUGAGAGAGAGGAGAGAGGCUCGACACGGCGACGACCACAAGCUGAGCAAUGAGCUUCGCAGAAUUUUACUUUAACGUGGACAACGGUUACCUGGAGGGUUUGGUCAGAGGAUUUAAAGGUGGGAUCCUGAAGCAAGCAGACUUCCUCAACUUGGUGCAGUGUCAGACUCUGGAGGACCUGAAGCUCCAUCUCCAGAGCACAGAUUAUGGUAGCUUUCUGUCUAAUGAAACUGGCCCUCUGACGGUAUCAGUGAUUGACGACAAACUGAAACAGAAACUGCUGCUGGAAUUCGUCUACCUGAGGAACCACGCACUGCAGCCACUCACCACCUUCCUGGAUUACAUCACGUACAGCUACAUGAUUGACAACGUCAUCCUGUUGAUUACGGGCACAUUGCGCCAGCGUCCAAUCUCUGAACUCCUACCUAAGUGCCACCCCUUGGGCAGCUUCGAGCAGAUGGAAGCUGUUCACAUUGCCCAGACUCCUGCUGAGCUCUACAAUGCCAUCCUGGUUGACACGCCACUAGCUUCCUUCUUUCAAGACUGCAUCUCAGAGAAUGACCUCGAUGAAGUCAAUAUUGAAAUACUGCGAAACAAACUAUACAAGGCAUAUCUAGAAUCAUUUUACAAUUUCUGUAAGGAGCAGGGUGGACAAACUGAACAGGUUAUGUGUCCCAUUCUGGAGUUUGAAGCUGACCGCCGUGCGUUUAUCAUCACCCUGAACUCCUUUGGGACUGAGCUGAGCAGAGAGGACCGAUCUGCACUGUACCCUCGCUGCGGCCGACUGCACCCUGAUGGUUUAACCCUCUUGUCCAACGCAGAAGAUUUUGAGCACGUGCGCGCAGUAGCUGCAUACUAUGUGGAGUAUAAAUAUUUGUUUGAAAAUGCAGGGAAGGAUUCUGAUGAGAAGACACUUGAGGACAAGUUCUUUGAAUAUGAGGUGAAGCUCAACGUGUUGGCGUUUGACAGCCAGUUUCACUUCGGCGUGUUUCAUGCUUACAUGAAGCUGAAAGAGCAGGAAUGCCGGAACAUAGUGUGGAUCGCAGAGUGCAUCGCUCAGAGGCACCGUGCUCGCAUCGACUGCUACAUCCCCAUAUUCUAAACGCACAGCCACAUACGUACGUAAACACACACACACACACACACACACAGAGCUAAUGUCACCAACUCCUGCAACACCUACCAAGAGGCUGAACUUUAAUAACCAGCCUGCCUGAGAAACCACCCUCCCAAUAAACAGCAACUAAUUUGCUUUUUUGCUCUUUGUAUAAUUUGUCGUCAGUCAUUAGCCGGCUUUCACAGUCUAUCCAGAGAAAAUGGUCCCCAAUAGAAAAACAAGCAUCAACGUGAUUGGACACGUGUGAUCCUAGUAAUAAACCCUGUCAAUUCUGUCCGGUUUAUUGUAUUCUGCAAUACCACGCCAAUCAGAAUGAUUUAUUUGACCGGAUUAUACUCAGCCACUGGUAUUCAACUAAAGGUGAGAGUAAAUCCUUGUGCAUAAGCCAUUAAAAAAAUCAUAACUACUUUUCAGAAUCAGAAUCAGGAUUCAUAUCACUGGCACAUGUCAUGAAAUUUGUUGUUUUGCGGCAGCAGUACAUUACAACAUGCAAUAAAAUCUGUAAAUUACAAUAAGAAGUACAUAUUAAAAAAUUAAAUAAGUACUGUAAAAAGAGAGGGAAAAAAAGUCGUGAGGUUGUGUUUGUGGGUUCAAUGUCCAUUCAGGAAUCUGAUGGUAGAGGGGAAGAAGCUGUUCUUGAUCACUGAGUGUGUGUCUUCAGGCUUCUGUACCUCCUCCCUGAUGGUAGCAAUGAGAAGAGGGCAUGGGGGUUCUUAAUGACAGAUGCCAGCUUUUUGCAGCACUGCCUUUUAAAGGUGUCCUCGAUGCUGGGGAGGCUAGUAUCCGUGAUGGAGCUGGCUGAGUUUUCUUUCUGAGUUCUCUGUAAAGGAACAUAUGAUAUGUCUAUGUCACAAUGGUAGUGUCUCAUUGUGUCGGGGUCUGGUCUUUGGGAAAGUCACAUUGCUUGAUCCUAAUAUAUAUUGGGGCUAUUAUUGUGCCCCACUGAUGCUGUGUAAUGUGAUUGUCUGUGUCAAGAACAAGUUCAAGAUAGAACAAUCAUUUCUCACGUUCUAACAAUUCAUGAAAAACAGGCUGUUCAUUGUCAAGAAAAUGGGUUUGUUAUACCAUGUCAAAGCAGCUAAUGGUUUCAUCACGCACCGUGAGUGAUAGAUGAUGGAUUCAUCACAUCAUCCCAUUGCAGGAUAACAGGCAUUCCCAUUGCAGGAUAACGGGUAGUCCCAUUGCAGGAUGACGGGCAGUCCCAGUGCAGGAUAACAGGCAGUCCCAGUGUAGGAUGACGAGCAGUCCCAGUGCAGGAUUAUAGGCAGUCCCAGUGCAGGAUUAUAGGCAGUCCCAGUGCAGGAUUAUAGGCAGUCCCAGUGCAGGAUAACGGGCAGUCCCAUUGCAGGAUAACGGGCAGUCCCAGUGCAGAAUAACGGGCAGUCCCUGUGCAGGAUUACAGGCAGUCCCAUUGCAGGAUAACGGGCAGUCCCUGUGCAGGAUUAUAGGCAGUCCCAUUGCAGGAUAACGGGCAGUCCCAUUGCAGGAUAACGGGCAGUCCCAGUGCAGGAUAACGGGCAGUCCCAGUGCAGGAUAACAGGCAGUCCCAGUGCAGGAUAACAGGCAGUCCCAGUGCAGGAUAAUGGGCAGGCCCAUUGCAGGAUAAUGGGCAGUCACAUUGCAGGAUAACAGGCAGUCCCAUUGCAGGAUUAUAGGCAGUCCCAUUGCAGGAUGACGGGCAGUCCCAGUGCAGGAUUAUAGGCAGUCCCAUUGCAGGAUGACGGGCAGUCCCAGUGCAGGAUUAUAGGUAGUCCCAGUGCAGGAUUAUAGGCAGUCCCAUUGCAGGAUGACGGGCAGUCCCAGUGCAGGAUUAUAGGCAGUCCCAUUGCAGGAUGUCGGGCAGUCCCAGUGCAGGAUUAUAGGCAGUCCCAUUGCAGGAUGAUGGGUAGUCCCAUUGCAGGAUGACGGGUAGUCCCAUUGCAGGAUAACGGGUAGUCCCAUUGCAGGAUUAUAGGCAGUCCCAGUGCAGGAUUAUAGGCAGUCCCAUUGCAGGAUGAUGGGCAGUCCCAUUGCAGGGUUAUAGGCAGUCCCAUUGCAGGAUGACGGGCAGUCCCAGUGCAGGAUCAUAGGCAGUCCCAUUGCAGGAUAAUGGGCGGUCCCAUUGCAGGAUAACCGGCAGUCCCAUUGCAGGAUUAUGGGUAGUCCCAUUGCAGGAUAACGGGUGGUCCCAUUGCAGGAUUAUAGGCAGUCCCAUUGCAGGAUUAUAGGCAGUCCCAUUGCAGGAUAAUGGACAGUCUCAUUGCAGGAUAACAGACAGUCCCAUUGCAGGAUAAUGGACAGUCCCAUUGCAGGAUAAUGGACAGUCCCAUUGCAGGAUAACGGGCAGUCCCAGUGCAAGAUAACAGGCAGUCCCAUUGCAGGAUAAUGGGCAGUCCCAUUGCAGGAUAAUGGGCACACUACACUCUGUAAAUGCACGAGAAUGGAACAGAAUAGAACUUUAUUGUUAUUGCUCAAGACAACGAGAGUUUGAUGCCACUACAGACUGUGCAAAACAUAUAUUUACAAUGCAUGCAGGAUGGCUUAAUUUUUAAAAAUUUAACAACACUCCAUAACCCUCAAAGGGAUUGGCAUUUAUUUGUCAAGAUUAUACUCAGCCACUAGUAUUCAAUUGAAAGUGAGAGUUAAUCCUUGUGCACAAACCAUUAAAAAUCAUAACUACUUUCAGAAUCAGGUUUAAUAACCCUGGCAUAUGUCAUGAAAUAUGUUAUUUUGCAACAGCAGGAUUUUGCAAUACAUAAUAAAGAAUAUAAAUUACAAUAGGAAAUGUGUUUAUGUUAAAUAAAUAGACCAAAUAGAAAGA